AUGCUUCUCUACAACAUUCUUUGCACCAUUUCCUGCUUCGCUUUGACGGCGAAAGCAGGAGAGGGAAACGAGAGGAAAGGCUCUGUAUUGCUGUCCAUUCCUGAAAAUCCUAAACAAUCAGUCAACGCCAACCAAGCGAGAGGUAUCUUGGGGGUCAAUGAUGCAAGUCUAGCUCGACCAACAGACACUCCAGACUAUUGUGGUGUCGAUCAGCAAGCGACAAACAAUGGUUCCUGCAGAAUCAUUACAGGGCGACAAGGCUUUACCAGUGACGAGUCUGGCGGCCCGAAUAUUAUCAAGCGCGAGACAAACAUAGAGAACAGGGCUCCUACCGAAGGCAAUGGUCUCACCAGAAGAAAGGCAGCUCCGAAGGCGGCCCCCAAAAAGGCUGCUGCGACUCCCAAGAAGGCGGCUGCACCAAAGAAAGCGGCUGCUCCCAAGAAAGCUGCCCCUCCCAAGAAAGCAGCUGUUCCCAAGAAGGCUGCUACUCCUAAGAAAGCCGCUGUACCUAAAAAAUCCGCCCCUCCCAAGAAAGCAGCUACUCCUAAGAAGGCGGCUACUCCUAAGAAAGCGGUUGCGAAACCGAAUAAAUCUGCUGCCAAAAAAAAGAAGGCUGGUGGAGCUACAAAGGGAGCAUCAGCGAAGAAGCCUGUUGGAGCCAAGAAGCCUGUUGGAGCCAAGAAAGCUGCUGCGAAGCCAAAGAAAGCUGCUGCUAAACCCAAGAAAGCUGCUGUUAAGCCAAAGAAGGCUGCUGCCGGACCGAAGAAGACUACUGGCUCUAAGAAGGCUGCUGCCAAACCAAAGAAGGCUGGCGGAGCUACAAAGGGAGCAGCAGCGAAGAAGCCUAUUGGAGCCAAGAAACCUGUCGGAGCCAAGAAACCUGUCGGAGCCAAGAAAGCUGCUGCCAAACCCAAGAAGGCUGCUGUAAAGCCAAAAAAAGCUGCUACCGGUCGGAAGAAGACUACUGGUCCUAAGAAGGCUGCUUCUAAACCCAAGAAAGCUCCUUCUAAACCCAAGAAAGCUGCUGCAAAGCCAAAGAAGGCUGCUGCGAAGCCAAAGAAGGCUGCUGCCAAACCCAAGAAGGCUGCUGCCAAACCCAAGAAGGCUGCUGCCAAACCCAAGAAGGCUGCUGCUAAACCCAAGAAGGCUGCUGCUAAACCCAAGAAGGCUGCUGCUAAACCCAAGAAGGCUGCUUCAAACCCGAAGAAAGCUGCUGGACGGAAGAAGAAUACUGGCCCUAAGAAAGCUGCUGUCAAGCCAAAGAAGGCCGCUUCCAACCCGAAGAAAGCUGCUGGACGGAAGAAGAAUACUGGUCCUAAGAAAGCUGCUGUCAAGCCAAAGAAGGCCGCUUCCAACCCGAAGAAAGCUGCUGGACGGAAGAAGGCUGUUGGCCCUAAGAAAAGUACUGGAGCUCAGAAGGGAGUAGCGAAGAAGCCUACUGGUCCCAAGAAAGCUUCUGGCUCUAAGAAAGCUGGUUCUAAGAAAGGAGCAGUAGCUAAGAAGGUCACCGGAGCCAAAAAAGCUGCUACUAAACCGAAGAAGGCUGGUGGUCCUAAGAGCGCCUCUGGAUCUAAGAAAGCUGCAGGAACGAAGGCUACUACACCUAAGAAGCCUGCUAGACUCAAUAAAGCCGCUGGUUCUAAGAAGACUGCUGGGAAGCCAAAGAAAGCCGCCGGUCCAAAGAAAGCUGCUGGUCCAAGGAAGACUGCUGGGAAACCAAAGAAGACCGGUGGAGCCAGGAAUGGAACACCAGCUAAGAAGCCUGGUAGACCCAAGAAAACUGGUGGUCUUAAGAAAGGUUCUGGGUCUAAGAAGGGUUCCGGGUCUAAGAAGGCUGCUGGGAAACUAAACAAGGCUGGAGCCAAACAGAAGAAAGUUGCUGGGAAACAGAAGAAGGCUGGUGGACCAAAGACACCCAAGGGUACAUUGAAAAAAGGUUCUGUGAACAAGCAUGCUCCAAAGAAGGGUGCUACUAGGAAGGCUGGUCUCAGCAAAAAGCCAGUGGGCAAUAAGAAAUCUGCCGGCAAUAAGAAGGCUGCCAAGAACCAGAACUUCUCCAACCAGAGGAAGGCUGUCGGGAACAACAAGACUGCUGGAAAGAAGAUUGGUGGAAAGAAGACUGCUGGAAAGAAGACUUCACCAGGCAAGAAGACUGCUAGAAAGAAGACUUCAACAAGCAAGAAGACUGCUGGAAAGAAGACUUCACCAGGCAAGAAGACUGCUGGAAAGAAGACCUCACCAAGCAAGAAGACUGCUGGAAAGAAGACUUCACCAGGCAAGAAGAGACCUGGUCCGAAAAGGCCAACAGGCAAUAAGGCGACUACUGGCAACCAAAAGACCCUCGGCAAUAAGAACUCGGUAGGCAAUAGGAAGCUAGUUGGCAACAACAAGACAACUGCCAACGGGAAGGUUUCUCAUAGUAAACAGCCACCCAGCCAACCAAAGGCAGCCAACCAUAGGGAGCUUGGGAAUAAAAAUAAACCGUCAGGUCAGAAUCGGAAUCUUGGCAGCAACAAUAAGGCACCGGCAGGCCCAGCAAGCUGUUCCAUUGGAGGAAAGUCGAAGCGCGGCGACUGCGGCGCUCCUACUAAUGAUGAUGGGUCGUCUGGCAAGGGAAAGGCUCCAGCUGCUUCAGAUUCACCGAGAAGGAAACCUGGUGACAUUAAGAGUCUACCCAAGUUGACGAUACCCUCCAAUACGGAGAGUUCCGAGUCAAGCAAGCAAGACAGUGGAAGCCCUCAAGAGAGACCGAAGACAGCCUCCAGCCCACAUCGUAGUAAAAUACCGGUAAAGUCGCCCACCAGGCCAGGGGGCGCCCAGGCAGGCAGGAAAGCCGGUGAGAGUCAUCAAGAGAACCCGAAAACGCCCGCCAACCAGGCAGGCAAGCAAGUCAGUGGGGAUCUCCCAGAGAGACCGAAGAGCCCAACUAAGAUACCAUCACCGAAGUUUCAGACCGGUGGGAGUCUCCGGACAAGCAAGCAUGAUGGUGGAUCAAAUGGUGCCAAGAGGAAGCAACCAGACAAUGAUACCCAACCCCGGAAGAAGAGAAUAGGAGGUGGGAUCUUCAACCAGAACCGGAUUAAACCAGAUAAACCAACAGUCAGGAUUGAGAAGGUACAUGAUGCCGGGAAGUCCCAAGCAGGCAAAGGACCUCAGACUAAUCCUCCUGUGAAGAACGGGCAGAGCACGCAGUCUGGUCCAUCUGGGCAGAAUAGGCAGUCUGGAUCAUCUGGGCAGAACAAGCAGCCUGUACCGCCAUCUCAAGCCAAGAAUGCCUCGGGAGGGCGCCAACCAGACCAGAAGGGCUCCUCCGUGAAGAAGCCUCCUGUGCGCAACGGGGCGAACACCCGGCCUGCUCAGGCGCCACAGAACAAACCCAAGGGCAAAGCUGCUCAGGAUGUCGUGAAAAUAAAUCCUCCCGUUAAGCCACUGAAUGUAAUGCACGACCCAAAGAAGCCCGCCCCAAAAUCCGCGGAACAGAUCAAAAAGGAAAAGGAGGUGGACGAGAGGGCCAAGAAAGAAAGGGAGAAAUACGACGUGCCUUUGGACGACAAUCGAGAGAAUACCGUGCAGAAAAAUGGCAAGCUCUUGAAGGGCAAUGCUAACACCAUGUACGUCAAUAUCUCACCGAACCCGUUCAGGGUCGACCCAAACAACUUGCCAACGUCGUAUUCGCGCAAGGUCGGCGACGGGACCGACGUACCAGAAAUCAAGAAAGACUCAUCCGGUGCUACAACGAAGGGGGGGACAAGAUUGGACGCCUACAAGACAGACACUCCAGGCUUCGCCAUAGGCUUCAGCCAUGGACAGCAUUCAAAGUUUGAUGAUGGGCAGAGGACUUACAGGCCAGGCGAAUUGGAAGAAGCGAGUACUACAGGGCACACAUCCAAAUCAGGUGACCGUGAGUGGCACACAUUUACGGCCAAUUUACCGGAAGAACAGCGCAAGUUGCAACACAAGGACAGGAUAGCGAAGGGCCUAGUGCCUCAUGGUUCGCCAGUGCCGCCGGCCUUGACCCCUCUGGAAUUGAACGAGGAGAUGUACGGCCCUACCACCCUAUUCUUGAAGAAGAGUGUGGGGGGCUUCAAAAACCAUUUCGCUGGCCAAAAGGGCACUCCGUACAGGGAGCACACGGACCGAAUAAUUGGAGGUGCCUAUGAUGGGCAGCACAACACGGACACAACAGUCGACCAUCUGCCUGGAGCGAGAUGA